GUCCAGUUCAGUGUUGGACGCGGCGUGAGUGUCAUCACAGUUCCCGCGGAGGUGUCGCGCGCUGCAUACUUUGUACACGUUCCCAUAAGUCUUUCCGCCGCUGCGCCGCAAAGUUCCACGAUACGGAAAAUUGUUAGACAACUUUAUUACUGAGUACCUACCCCAUCAUAAUAAUACAAGUCAAACCAACCACAGCACAAGAGACGCAAACAAUCACUUGACUGCACCACCAAAGGGAGCACGCAGGCAUAAUUAACGUGAAUGUGGUGCGAGUGCGGUGCAAUAAGGACACACCAGACUAUCACAAGCACCACUCCCACCACCUCCAGCCUGCCGUUCCUGCUAGUGUUACACGAACACAGUGCCGAGGAACUUAAAGAACACGGUAAUAAGCGAGCCGGACCGAACUUACAGUGAAUGGGUGUAGCGGGAAGCAAGUUAACAUGAUCCUGAACUACUUGUGAAUCUGUGAGCAUUAAGGAGAGGGGUUUAAAAGACGAGAAUUUACGAAUGGACUUGUUUCUCCCUCUCAUUCACGUCCCUUCUCGCCGGAAAAGGGGAAUAAUAGGAUUUGUUGUUCACCCUUUCUUUUCUUCUCACCCUUUUCACUUCGCACCAAAAUAGGGGAUUACAUAUUAUGACGUGAAACUUCAACUUCUUCCCCUCAUCCACCUUCUUUUCACACCAAGGGAGAGAAAUAAAAAAAAGGACUUGAAUUUCUCCCUCGUUUUCCCUUACCCCCUUUACCUCGCAGUAAAAGGGUAAGAGAGGAGACUAAAGCACCUGAAUUUCUCUUUGUUUCCCCUCGGCCCUUCUCUCUCACGCCAGAAAGGGCAGAGGAGAGGAUUAGAGACACUGAACCUCGCUCCUACUUUCUCCCCAGUCUCUCCCUCUCUCACCGUCUCCAUCAUGGGCCUGAGAGACGCAAGGCACCUGCAAGAGUCGGUUCGCUGAAGCUUAGACCAACACACCGUGGAGGAGAUGAAGGUGGCGGCGUGGGAGCACCUGGUGGCCGCCGCGCUGUGUUGUCUCCUCCUCCACGCCCCGGCAGCAGUGGACGGCGGGACGGAGGCUGAGAUCAUCAAGGCGCUGGAGGAGACGCAGAAGGAGGUGGCGUGGAAGUACAUCCCCUUGAGUGGGCCGAGCUUCGACCUGAAUAGCAUCAAGAAUGUUACGGUGCAGCUGGACAAGACGGCGGUGCUCAACUGUCGCAUCAAGUACCUGGGCGGCAAGACGGUGUCUUGGAUGAGGACGCGAGACCUUCAUCUACUGACGGUGGGCCGCUUCACUUACACCUCAGACGCGCGCUUCAAGUCCAUCCACCAGCCAGGCUCGGAGGAUUGGCUGCUCAAGAUUCACUACACACAGCACAGGGACGCCGGGGCUUAUGAGUGCCAGAUCUCCACCACGCCUCCGCUCUCCACGGCCAUCUGGCUCUCUGUUGUGGAACCAGAGACGCGAGUGCUGGGCGGCCCCGACCUCCACGUCAAUUCAGGUUCCACCAUCAACCUGACCUGCAUCGUGAACCACAGCCCAGAUCCACCGCCCUUCAUCUUCUGGUACCACGAGAGUGAGCUGCUCUCCUACGACUCCCCCCGCGGCGGCAUCACGGUGGUUACUGAGCACGGGCCAAUCUCCUCCUCCCGGCUACUCAUUCAGCGCGCCACACCAAAGGAUGCCGGCCGCUACACCUGCCACCCCGCCAAUUCAGAGCCGGACCACAUCGUCGUGCACAUCAUACAUAACGAGCAUCCGGCGGCAAUCCACCACAAGAAUGGUACAUCCGCGUCACCUUCCUGUCACACCUGCCCCGGCUACCUCCCCGCCCACUCCUUCCUCCUCGCCCUCUCACUGGCCCUCGUGCUGCUCCUCUCCACUCAAAAUGGCGGGCAGAUGGACGGUGUCACCGCGUCCCGUACAGCACCCACCCCGCCACCUGAGACAGUCAGUAGCGCACUCAUGCCCCACAAGAGGAAGUUUGGGGAGGUGAGUGGACGCGCUGGGCCUUUCCGACAAUAGUUGAGUUUCUCCAGGCAGACUGACGGACGCCCUGGGAAAACAGUGAGUCGUGGGGUUGGACAUGAACUAGAUGUGCCUUGCCAAUUCCUCCAAAGCGUAUAGAGAACUCAAAAGAGAAACAAAGAGAAAGAGAGAAGGAGAAAGAAAGAAAGAGAGAAAUGUGACUUAAAAAAAAAUAAAAAAAAUAUGGACUGUAUCUAUGUAUGUACUGUACAGCACGAUGUGUUUACCUAAAGGACGAACUAUAAACUAUGUUACCGAUGUUAGCAAGAGUCUUUGGCGUGUCAUCUAGUCCCCCAACCUUUGCUCCUCUACCAGCACUCAUGUCGCUCAGUGUGCCCUUCCACAAAACCCUCGCGAGAUGGUCCGCCAAAGGAAUUUAGGUUUGUUCUUUCACAGGAGAGUCUUGGACACCUCAGCUCAUCUGGUCUCCACGCUGACACAGCCUGAUGUGAGAGAGAGAGAGAGAGAGAGAGAGAGAGAGAGAGAGAGAGAGAGAGAGAGAGAGAGAGAGAGAGAGAGAGAGAGAGAGAGAGAGAGAGAGAGAGAG